AAACAGAGAAAAGAACUCAAAAUAGUACAGCUCAGUGCAGCUUAGAGCAGCUCCAGUUCAAAGGGAAAGAACAGACUUUUACUGUAUUUAGUGAUAGUGGUAGACCUUUUUCCUGGAUAUGAGAAAAACGUGCAAACACAUGUUGUCACAUGUGCGACGCUCAAAAGUCUUAGAAAAAAAAAGAAGCAGAGAUGAGUGCAAACGAAGACAGAAAGCAAAUACAAAUCCGUCUGCAGACCGAGCAGUUACAAUAUCCGCUACCAGAAUAUGCUUUGACAGUGCACAGCACAAUAAUACCAAAAGAAUUAAACACGUUAGUAAAUAAAUUUCUAAAAGACUCAAAUACUAUUCAGAAUGAUGUGGAAUUUGAGUUUUUGGUAUGUGGACAUUUCUUGCGUACUUCAUUGAUUGAACAUACUGAGGAAAGAAAGAUCUCCACAGAAGAUGUGAUAAACAUUGUGUGUAUAGAAAAAUUAUCCUCACCACAGCCAAAGGAUUGUUUGAUACAUGAUGACUGGGUGUCAGCAGUUGCUAGCAAUGGAAAAUGGAUCUUGACCGGAUGUUAUGAUAACACAUUACACAUUUGGACAUCCAAAGGCAAUCACUAUGGAGUGAUUAAUAAACAUACACAACCUGUAAAAGCAGUAGCAUGGAUUUCUCUCAAUGAUGACAAUGCUUGUUUUGUCAGUGCAUCUAUGGACCACACAUGCAUGAUAUGGAGUUGGAAUAUAAAAGAAAAUACUACAAAAUGCCUGCAUGUCUGCAGAGGACACAAAAGAAGUGUGGAAUCUCUCAGUGUUAACUAUGAUAAAACAUUAAUGGUGACUGGCUCCUGGGACAGCACACUUCAUAUAUGGUCAACUUCUGCACAAGAUGAUGAUAAUGAAGAAUUCGAAUCGAAAAGAGCAAAGUCAGAUCAAGAGAGCAAACUUAAGGUUCCGAAGCGCACUCUAAAGGGACACAAGCAAUCAGUCAGCCAGAUUGUAUGGUCCGACAAAUCAGAAAUCAUCACAGGAUCUAUGGAUCACACGAUAAAAAUUUGGGAUUUAGAACUUGGUGGCAUCAAACAUGAAGUUUACGCUGACAAAUCCAUUCUGGACAUCGAUUACUCACCUUUGUCGCGCACCGUGAUAGCGGGAUCGGUCGAUCAGCAUGUGAGGUUGUUUGAUCCGAGAUCUACAGAGGGCACGAUUGUGAAAGCCAAGUUUACUUCCCAUGCAAAUUGGGUUUCCACAGUACGCUGGUCAACCGUUGACGAACAUCUCUUCAUUUCGGGCGCGUAUGACAAUCUAGUUAAACUUUGGGACACGAGAAGUCCCAAAGUACCACUAUUCGAUCUUAUCGGACAUGAAGACAAGGUUCUCAGUAGCGAUUGGUCGAAUCCUAAACAAAUAGUAUCCGGUAGUGCGGAUAACACCCUAAGGAUAUUCAAAUCUAAACACACGACGCGCUAAUUCACGAAAUUUUUGAUAAAAUUUAUUGUAAAGACCAAAAAUUUUCCGCAAAGUUAAAAGUUUUUACUUGGACAAUGUGCAUGCAGGACGUUUGCUAUCUGGAAAAACUUGGAAUUCACCAAGAAAUGUUAUCCCGAUUUGACGAUAAAAUUGAAGAAAUCUGAGAGAUAUUCUGUAACGGAUAAAAAAGUAAUAACAAAAGUUUAUAAAUAAAAAUAGGAUCUAUCACAUUGAUGAGAAAACGCAUUUAUUUCUGGGAUCACUUUCUCCUCUUCUUUUUCCGUUUUCUAUGUUUUCCUCGAGGAGGAUUGCGCCGGAUAGGUGAGAAGUAAGACUCGUCUCGCUCGGCAUUAAUCCCCAAAACAGAUCGUUUAUUGAUCAAAAAUAAGGGACGAUAAUCGUGACGAAAUCCGGGAAUUCGCUUUCCCGCAUCGCGAAGUUUAUUUUAAUUACGUUACCAAACCGUUUCUUCAUUACUCGUAACUCUAAAAAGACCAUCCGAUUUCAAGUGCACGCCCCUAAUAAAAGAGACACACAGAAGAGAAGUGUACGUAAUAAUAGCACAAGAGUGGCGGAGAGAGCGUACACCCUCGCAAUAAGUGCGCGUCAUUUCUUGUCCAUUUUCUUUUUUUUCCUGUGCAAGUGUACGCGUAGGUGCAUGCUGCAGUCUCUAUCUGUAUUUUCGAAAUACGCAUUAUAUCUCCUACUCCACUUUUCGGAGUUUCCGCAUACACCCAAUGUACAUACACGCGCGCGCACUCUCCUCUCGCUCGCACUCUCUCUCUCUCUCUCUCUCGUCGAUCUUUCUGCUCUCAUAAUGAUCAUCGCGCGAUUCUCUCUUUUCUUCCUUUUUCUCUCUUUUUUUUCUCCUUUUUUUAUAGGUUUGUUUACUUGUUUAGUCUCCGAGAAAAUCCUACCUAAAAACCCUCACGUUAUCUCUCACACAAAGACUAGCGUUUUUUUAAACGAUCCAAAAUAAACUAAGGGCACUUUUUAGUGGCUUAUGCCCCUUGUGUCAUCGUCGCGUGUUUUACGUUUUUUUUUCCGCACGUUCUUCUCUCACUUCGCGAGCAUUUUUCAUUUUUUUUUUUUUUCGUUUUUUUCUUCUUUAUUCAUGAAAAAUCUAAUUCUGACUUAUUUCUUGUGUUAAACUUUGUUUUAUUACAGCACCUAUUCGACUUCCUAAGAGUCUCCCUAGAUUUCUUAACUAACUAUGACACAACUUGCCUUAACGUCUAAAGAUUUUUUUUUUUUUUUUUUCACAUUACAUGCUAAAAACAUUUUCGCAUCUGUCUUAAAAGUAUUUUCGAAAUUCUACAAAUUGAUCCUUGCGCGCGUGGAUUUACAAAAAGAGUUUCAGCGUUUAUCGACGACAUCGUAGUUCCCCGUUUCUUUUUUUUUUUUUUUUGUUUUUUUUUUUUUUAUUCUUUUAUACGCUUUUCUUCACUCUCUUGUCAACAUUUGGAAAGACGAUGCAAAAUAAGCGGCACGCACGGGCUACGUGUCUUACGUUUUUUUUUUUUUUUUUUUUUUUUUAUCGUUCCAUUCUAGAAUUACAUUACAAGAUUUCCGCUUUCCUUCGCGAGUUCGUUCGCCGAACAAGAAGGACAAGGCGGAAUACAAAUGCAAAAAAAAAGAGGAGAGGGGAGGGAUCGGAUAACCACGAUGAGAUUACAUCGGGCCGGGGGUACAAGGAAGUGUAUAGAUAGAGGAAGAAACCAAGAUGUCGAGUAAUACAACUAUGUGGCUUAACAAACACGUGUAAAACAAUGACUUAAAAACUUGAAAAACUAAGGACUGUACAAGACGAUGAUCAUCUAAUCAUCACGGACCUCGUUUUAUCAUUAAUUAAUUCUCUCUGUCUUACACACGCAUACAGAUAUCCAAACACACAUACACGCACGCACGAAACAGGCGCAUUUUGUCGCUUUCAUUCUCUUAAGCCGAUCUCGACUAACGUUAUUUUACUUAAAAACAUCCUACAUUUUUUUUUUUUUUUUUUGCUUCCUUCCUUAUCAAUCAGUUCCUCUUACUUCGCCUCCCCGUUUCUACAAUCAACCUAUCAAUUACGGUAUGUCUAGACUAAAAAGUGCCUAACGCUAAAACUCUAAGAGAAAGCUUUUUUUUACGGAAAAGCAGCAAUGUCCGCAGCAAGAACCGUUUCUCUUCUGCGAAAAACUUCCCCGGUGGCGUUCGAUCGCAGAAGCUCGCAAGUUCAAAGUUGCGUUAGAAGCAAAGAAUCGUACAAGCAAAAAAAAUUCAUAUGAUUCUUCGCUUCUGACGUCACACAGUCUGUGCUGAGGAACCAAGAGCCAUCGGGAUCGCUCCCGAAAUCCAAACUCUUCGUUCGGAGUGAUAUCAACACUUUUACAAUGCGUUGUUGCAAAGUGUUCUAUUUUUUUCCUAGAUUAGAAAAAAAUUCUUCGGCGUGCGAUCCCAUGAGCUCCCGCAGCCUGUAUCGACAAAUUUAAAAAAAAAGCCCACCCAUCCGGCCAGCCCACGCACCCGACCCGCGGUGCGCAGCAAGCAAAUAGUUCCUUACUAUUUAUACAAUUAUACAAGUAGCUCAAUAUAUAUAUAUGCUGUAUAGAAUAAUAUAUAUAUAUAUAUAUAUAUUUAUCAAUAUGAAUAGCCAGUCAGUCUUGACGGGUGCGAGGUGCAUAGGCUGAACGGUGCCCCGUGCCCGUGUCCUCCUAUGGCCCGUCGACAACACACAGAAUUGGGUGAGGAGGACACGGGGGAUAAGAGAGGCGUAUCGUAGUGUUUUCCUAACUACUAAUGCUAAACUAUUGUUUCUACUUAUCUGUCUACCUACAUAUGAACUUAGCCGCAUCUUAAAUCGAUAAAUCGCCCUUUUUUCCUUGUAUGUAUAUCUCCUAAAUCCGAGCGAGUGCUCGCUCGCUCGUGUGUUUGCUUAACCUAGGGUUGGUUAUCUUCUUCAUCAGUUCAACUCUAUCUAUCGCGUAACACGUCUCUGCGUUCUCUGUACAUUAAUAACUAUACUCUCGAUCGCUCUUUUUUUUCCUCCUUAAUUCUCGCUUGCUCAUUCACUAAUUUUUCAGCCGCCUAUUUCUUUUCUUUCCCGCGGAAUCUGUCUGUUUUAUUACAUCUGGGGAUGCUGGACGCAUGACACAAACUUGCGUCCGUCAUCCUCAUUUUUUUUUUUUCUUUCACGUUUCCCUCUUCCAAAUCAAUCGGCGCAACUAAUUAAUGCUGCUCUGUAACUCGUGUUCUCCCUCGUUCUUCUUUUUUUUUUUUUUCGUUUGGUCGGUCG